AUGCUAGAUGCACUACAGCUGCAGCAUCUCACCCACCCACAUCUCACCCAUAUCUCACCACAUCUCACUCGCAUCUCACCCGCAUCUCACCGCAUCUCACCCGCAUCUCACCCACAUCACACUGCAUCUCACUCUCAUCUCACCCACAUCUCACAGCAUCUCACCCGCAUCUCUCCCGCAUCACACCGCAUCUCACACGCAUCUCACUCGCAUCUCACCCACAUCACAGUGCAUCUCACUCGCAUCUCACCCACAUCUCACAGCAUCUCACCCGCAUCUCACCCGCAUCACACCGCAUCUCACACGCAUCUCACCCGCAUCUCACCCGCAUCACACACGCAUCACACACGCAUCUCACCCACAUCUCACUGCAUCUCACCCGCAUCUCACCCGCAUCUCACUCGCAUCUCACCUGCAUCUCACCGCAUCUCACCCACCCACAUCUCACCCAUAUCUCACCCACAUCUCACCCGCAUCACACACGCAUCUCACUCGCAUUUCACCGCAUCUCACCCACCCACAUCUCACCCAUAUCUCACCACAUCUCACUCGCAUCUCACCCACAUCUCCACCGCAUCUCACCCGCAUCACACCGCAUCUCACCGCAUCUCACCCGCAUCUCACCGCAUCUCACCCGCAUCUCACCCACAUCACACCGCAUCUCACCCACAUCACACCGCAUCUCACCCGCAUCACACCGCAUCUCACCCGCAUCACACCGCAUCUCACCGCAUCUCACCCGCAUCUCACCCGCAUCUCAUCCGCAUCUCACCCGCAUCUCACCGCAUCUCACCCACAUCUCACUGCAUCUCACCCACAUCUCAUCCACCCACAUCUCACCCAUAUCUCACCGCAUCUCACCAACUGAUCACAAAGGAAAAUGUGUCCAAAAUGACACAAGAGUCCCGUACAAUGAACAGAAACUGUUAA